UUAUAUUUUUGCCAGUUGCAUUGUCAAAUUUUAUUGUAAAUAAUAAUUUCAUUUAUUAUUUAGUAAAAUAAUAAUGGAAGUAAAUGAUAUGUUUUAUAAUCAAAUGGAUUAUAUUGAGACCGCAUCCGGUAAUAAAGUUUGUAGAAAAUCUGUCCUAUGUGGACCACAAAGUAUCAUGAUACUUGGAAAGACAAUCGUACAAGAAGGGUGUAUUAUACGUGGAGAUUUAGCUUCAGUAAAAGUUGGCCGAUAUUGUGUAAUAAGUAAAAAUGCUGUUAUACGUCCACCAUUUAAGAAAUUUACCAAAGGUGUUGCAUUUAACCCUAUGACCAUUGGUGAACACGUUUACAUUGGUGAGGAUACGAUUGUCAAUGCUGCUAAUAUUGGUUCAUAUGUUUAUAUUGGAAAUAAUUGUGUGAUCGGAAGAUAUUGCAAUUUAAAAGAUGGUUGUUACAUUGCGGACAAUUCUGUUCUUCCCCAUGGAACAAAUGUUCCAGCAUUCGGUAUAUAUCGUGGAUCACCAGCUUCAUAUAGCGGUUUAAUAUUUGAAUCAAUGGCCGAUGUUAUGACAGAUUUUACUAAAUCUUAUUAUCAAAAAUUCCGUCCCCAACCAUCAUCAUGAUCAAUUUGAUAAUGUUUAUUUUUUUUAUUUUAUUUU